UUUGAGAUGUGGAUCUGUCUCAUCAACAUUCUCGCGAGAUUUGGCACGGCGCCCCAUGAAUCUGUCCAAUCAUAUUUGCGCUUCCUGGAAAACACGCAUGCGCAUUUAGUGGGCGAAUGUGACUUGUAUCGAUUGGAGGAAACAAUUCAGCAUCGAAGGAAUAACGACUGAAAUAUUGGAGUGUCAAAAUGACAAAACGAAAACCUGCAAAACGAUGGAGAAGAACCGGUAAAGAAGUCGACUCAAAUAAACGAUCAAGAAAGGACUGUACAAUUGCCACCAAUGUGAAUGUGGAGACUGAUGAGCAAUGUCUAAAAGGUAGCAGCAGGGGAACAGAAGGAGCCCAAAACACUGCUCUUCAUAUGGAACACAUCCAACCUCCAGGUGUCCAUGCAGGAUGUACCACUCUGGAACACCAAGCCUCUCCCUACCAGCCAGCACAUGAAAAUAUUUCUACUUUUGACUCUAUCAAAGACAAUGGAAAACCAUUUUCCAGAUCAGCCCUCAUAGAUCCUCCUGAUGGCCUAACAACUGAACUACAUGUCGAUGCUGAGUAUGAUCCAUCUCAAUCAUUUGAGGAAUCUCUCCCUGAUAUGGGGGAUUGGAUGUACAAUGACGGACAUAUGUUUAAUGAAGGAUUUGAAGAUAGUUUGAGUGAGGAGUGUGCAGAAGAGUCAAAUAUCAAGGACACAACAGACAAACCAUUAUAUGACAAUGCAUCAGUAACCGUGGCAGAGUGCCUUCUGAUCAUCAUGGCUUAUGAAAACUGUCAUAAAGUCACUGAUAAGGCCCUAUAAGCGAUUUGCUGAAAAUGUUCAAGUUGCUUUGUCCCGAUAGUCUGAAUGCAGACUGCUUAAACAGUGUGCAGAAGUUCAAAAACUUUCUUUUAUCCCGCUCUGCAUCAUCGCCUAUUUUAUUACAUAAAUACUGCAGUAAUUGUUUUGGGCCAUUAGAAAGUAAACAAAUAAAAUGUCUGUCUUGUGGGACCAGUGUGUCAGAAGAAAGAUCCUCAUCCUUUAUAGAGGUUCCAAUUAAGGCUCACAUAAGGUCAUUGUUCCUCAAGCCAGGUUUUCAGGAGAAGCUUAACUUCAGAUUAAGCAGAAAGAAGGCAGAUGCUAACAACAUUGAAGAUAUAUAUGAUGCAGAAGUUUACAAACAGCUUGUCGAUAGGGGUGGUCCUCUUAGUGACCCUAAAAACAUCUCACUUGGAACACCGAUGAAGACAAAAAUUUAUAUUUGUUAAGGCUCAUACACGGUACUCAAAAUAUACCUAUGCAGAUGGUAAAUGUAGUCAAACUUGUGCAGUCUAUUCCUGUUAUUUCACAAACUAUUAAACCAGGGAAUGUCAUAGCUGAAUUUUACAGACAUAUGACUAAAGAUGAUAGUUUCUGUCAGGAAAACAAAUAUUUGUCUAGGAUUAAACUAUGGAGCACCUAGUGAACUUCUAUUGGACACAGUUCACCUCUCUGCAUUGCAAAUACAUGCGGGUCACUGCAUCAAUUAUGGAACAGUAAGCAUCUUUCACAGGGCACAAGUUAAGAGAAAUUAUCUCACAUCAAAACACAAUGGUAAAGGUAAUAGAAGAAACAAUUUUACCGUUUUUUUUUCAAAUGACGGACAAACAAAGUAUGGACAGAUUGAUUUCUUCUUUAUCAUAGCACAAUCAUGUGCCAAAUGGGCCCUCCUUCGUGAAUUCAAACAUGCAGGGUUUUCUUUGCUGCAAGAUAGUGUAACAAAUGGUACAUGAAGUCAUGUUAUUCCCCUAUUGGAAACCUCUGCCAGUACAGUAGUAUGAUUGGAUGACAUAUUGGGUAAAGUUGUUUUCCUUGACUUCACAUCUGUGCCUGGCAUUGUGUUUGCAGUUCAUUUCCCAAACACACUUGAAAAGUUUUAACUAAUUAAGAACUCAACUGGCCUAAGAAGUCACAAAUCAAAUAUUUGAUCAUUGUUAUAAAUGCUCUGAAAAUACACACCGAUGAGAUGUUGCCGUGGAUGCUGUAAAAGUCUGUAAAUAUGUACUGAAUAU